AUGGGCUGGCCGGUGUGUAAUUCCACCGCCGAGGAUGAGACCAGUAUGUCCCUUUUCGUCCUUCGCCCGCUCUUCGCUACAAUUUGCGACGCUAUGGUUGUUUUCACGGAGGUCGACCUCUGGGAAGGCGGGAUCACCUUUCACCAGCUGUGCCUCAUGGUCGGCGGGGUGUUUGGUCUGAUUUCCAUGAUUGUUUCCUUCUAUCUUAUUAUGAUGCAUGCUACGCAUUACAGCAAGCCGAUCGAGCAACGACAUCAAAUACGAAUCCUAUUGAUGAUACCUAUUUAUUCGGUCGUCGCGUGGGUCGGAACGUACUUCUACAAGAACGAUGUGUACUACGAUUUGAUUGGAAAUUGCUACGAAGCCUUCGCCAUCUCCGCUUUCUUCUCCCUGCUCUGCGCCUAUGUCGCCCCCGACCUGCAUAGUCAAAAAGAGUAUUUUCGUGGCGUGGUGCCCAAGCCCUGGGUCUGGCCUAUCCCAUGGCUGCAAAAGAUCUCCGGCGGUGAGAAAGGCGUGUGGAGAACCCCUCGCAGUGGUUUGACUUGGUUCAAUGUCAUUUGGGUGGGGGUUUUCCAAUACUGUGUCCUCCGGGUCCUUAUGACCGUUAUCGCCGUCAUCACGCAACACUACAAUGUUUACUGCGAAGAAUCGCUCAACCCUGCGUUCUCGCACAUUUGGACUAUGAUCGUAGAGUGUAUCGCUGUCUCGAUCGCCAUGUACUGCCUGAUUCAGUUCUACAUUCAGCUCAAAGACGACAUCAGCCAACACUCUCCCUUCUUGAAGAUUCUUUCCAUCAAACUCGUGAUCUUCUUGUCUUUCUGGCAGUCGACGUUGAUCUCGUUCCUUUCUUCCGCGGGUGUCAUCAAAGCGAAUAAGACAAUCCAGUCACCGGAUUUGAAGGUCGGACUUCCAAACAUUCUCAUCUGUAUCGAAAUGGCCAUGUUCUCGGUCCUUCAUCUGUGGGCCUUCGCAUGGCAACCGUACUCGCUUCUUGCGCAAAAUUCCGAUGUCACCGACUUUUAUGGUAAUGGAAAGGCCAGCUAUCAGGGAGGUCGCUUUGGCCUCAAAGGCCUUUUGGAUGCGCUCAACCCUGUCGACCUUGCUAAGGCGGUUGGUCGCAGUUUCCGUUGGUUGUUUGUGGGACGCAAGAAGCGGACGCUGGAUCCCAGCUACCACACGCCGACCGAGGCGUUUGGACUGAAUGCGACUGAGAACCUCACUCCACCGUACGGAACCGCAUACCAAGGGCCUCCAACGGCAUUGAGCGCAGGGCGAUAUGGCAGCGACGAAGAAGGCGAGGUGCUUUUGUCUCAUGCUCAGCCCAGUCCAGGCGGGCUAGCCCCGGGCAUGCACGAUGACAGUGAUCCGAAUCGCUUCUACUCGCAUAAUCGAUUGAGCGGCUCGUCUAUACUGGAACCGCAACCCUCGCACACGGCUCCUCACACAGACCCAUCCUAUGAGGAUGCAUACAAUCCGUACUUGGUUCAAUCUCAGCAUCUGGCCCACGACCCUUAUCACCACGAUACGCCCACCCCCGGAAACCCUCCGUAUCCGGACAACACCACCGCUACAGCCACCCACCCUCAACCCUACCAACAAGCUCCCCUCCAGGAACAACCUCCGAUCCCUCUUCCAGAAACAUAUCAAACCCCGCCACCCGGAUACGAUAUUGAGAGUCAUCAACGGAGGUAA